ACCCAUAGGAGAGCGAGAGAACUACAUGAGCACUUUCCUUGUCGCUUUGACUCGCGGCUCGGUGGCGUGCACCGCUGCCGGAAGACAUGGCCUCGCAAAUCUUCGCAAAAAGCGUCCUUUAAUACCAAAAGUAGAUGGAGUCAUGAACACCCUGCCUGUAUCUCAAAAUUAUGGCUUUCAUAGCUCGGCGUCGGUUUUAGGGGGUGGAACGCCAACGAAAUGGAACCAUGUGUGGAAUUGGAAAAUGAAGCAACGUCUGGCAGCCAUGAAAGAAGCGGACGAAAAGCCUCAGCAAAGUGAGGAAAAAAGUCACGAGAAGGACAACAUGUUUCGACCCCUGCCGGGAGAACGGGUGAUUGAGUUGGACGAGAAUCUUCCGGAUGGUGUUUUGGAGGAGUACUGGGCUGAGCUUCGGAGAGAGCGAGAGGGGUCCCAUGAAGGAACUGAUGGCAAACAGACCUCUGGCCGGGGGCAGUCCAAGCGGAAAACGAUCAAGAAGCACUUCCUUUAUGGUUGGACUUAUGCCCCCAAAAGAAAUAAACAAAUUACGGAAGAAGGUACAGGGGCAAACACAUCAGAGAUAGACGGGAAUGCUCGCGAAUUCAACAACUCGCAAAAGCCCGCAUCAACACCUGCUGGAAGAGCUGCUCUUACGAAUGAGGGCUGAUCAACGUCUCUCUGUCUAGAAUGAAGAUGCAAAUAAAGCCCCCAUCAGCUGCGAUGAAGUAAUUUUGCACCAGGCCGUCCUAAACAUGACUCCACUUUCCAUCCGCAACUGCACUUUGUCUUCAUUCUUCUUCAACUCAUGACAGCUUGUCUAUUAGACUCAAAAAGUCGUGUCUUAAGGCACUAGUGUCGCGCCUCCUGACUGUGGUACUAGCGCCCUCGUGACCCCUACUGUGGUACUUCUCGAACAGGACAUGUUUGUGUGGCCGAAAAUACAUUUUACCGCUAAGACCCAUACGCCAAGAAGAAAAUAACGCAAGAAGCGUGCAAAGAUCAAGCAUUUCUGACUCCCUGUUAUAAACGCUUCGCCGGG